UGUAGAGCCGACUGAACGGAGGCAGUGAGUCAGUUAGUCAGGCAGCUGGCAUAGGAGAAGACUGUGCAUACUUUUCUUUUCUGUUCAUCCCCAACACUGCUUAGAAGGAACCGCUCACUUGGAUUUUAAAAUAAAGAAAUAAAAAAAAGAAAAGAAACAUUCGCCAAGCACUCUGUCCGAUGUAAAGAGAAAAAGGGGCUAAAACGAAGAGACAACAGCAGAGAAAUGGGAGCGUUCAGGUUGCUGCUGGGGAGUUUACAUUACCUGGGACUCUAUCUGCAACUUAGUGUCUCUACAAGGCAGGCUGGACACCGAGACGUGGGGAACCGCAUCUCUGGGAACGCAAUGUUUACGGAAGUUCCCCAUGAUAUGAUUGCCCAGAGAGGUCAGGAUGUGGAGAUGGCCUGUUCCUUCAGAGGAGCAGGAACGCCAUCCUAUUCCUUGGAGAUCCAGUGGUGGUACAUCAGGAACCAUCUGGAAUGGAUGGACCGACAGCCCUGGACAACGAAUGAGGUGGCUCCUGAGGAGGAAACACCAAAGGAUGCUACAAAGAUAAGUGUUGUGAAGGUCGUAGGCAGCAACAUCUCCCAUAAGCUCCGCCUCUCCCGGGUCAAAACGUCUGACGAAGGUACUUACGAAUGCCGCGUGAUCGACUUCAGCGACGAAGCCGGCGCCCGCCACCACCGCGUCAGAGCCUACCUACAGGUGGUGCCGGAGAGCGGCGUCGCCAACUCUGAGCACAACAGCAACUUUGAGGCCAUGGACGACACCAAGAGGGGGGCGGUGUUUGUUGACAGGGAGUCGCUUGGCGGCGCCAGGGAGCACAGCCAUCACCAGACCCAUGGGCACCACCAGGAGCACGGCAAGCGGCCUCAGUCAGCCACCCACCACGGCCACAGUCACGGCGGCGGUCAGCAGCACAAUGCAGGCAGGGAGCUGAGGAAGAGGGACGUGGACAGUAACCACAGCCACAGUGACUGCUCCAAUGAGCCUAGCUGUGCACUCUAAAGUGUUGUUACGCCUGAGUCAGAGGUUCUAAAAAAGAUUAUAUAACAUGAUGUUUCGUCACAGCGUAAAAACAUACCUCUCUCACACAGUGCAGGCCUGUAGAGAAAUCCAGAAUCCAUUGAGAUGUAUAAUAUGGCUUAUAAGGAGCACAGGGGUGUGAACUGUGAAGGGAGAGUGUUUUUUUAUGCUGUGCUGUGGUCUGGGUUGGACUGAUCCCUGUCUGUAAACUGCCUGUAAAGCCUGGCUUCUUAACAUUCAGUGAGGGGUGGGUGGGGGCGUGUAGAUCUAGGCAGCUUUACUGUUUUUGAUCUCAGCAUCCACAAAUAGCUAAACUACUAAAAUAAUAUGAAACAAAAAAUCUUUAGUCUAUUAACCAGUAAAUAUGUUGCUUGUACUCCAGAUACUGUAAAUGACACAGUCCUUCAUGAUCGUACACCUUCCACUGCCUUACUAUGUCACUCCGUACGCCCAGGCAAACAGGAUAGUGGAACAUUUUGUAACUGGGUUUCAUCUCUGUAAAAUAACUGAAGUGCUUUUAUUUACAGAAUCAACAAAAAUCUGCUGAUUUCCUUCUAGUCCGGCUUUAUACCUUCAGCUCUUGUGCCAUUAUUUUAUUGUGUGCAUUCAUGGAUAUUAAUAAGAUGUAAAAGCUGCAUACACCGAAAAGUUAUAUUAUUUCCCCCAGUGUUUGUUCCCAGAGGAGAAAAAUGUGCUUUUUUCAGCAGGAAUUCGUCAAGGUCCCCAAACAGCAGCCUGUCUGAUUAAGGACAGAUUUUGUCUUCAUUUAUUUUGCUCUUAGUGAAUAGUUCUGACAAAAAGGGGGAUUUCAAUAAAAACAAAAAUAAACUCAAAGAACAUCGCGGGCUGUUCCACAGCAUUUAUGAGUUUGGAAACUAGGACUUUUCUACCCAGCUUAGUGAUGCAGGUCCAAUCACAGUUUAGUAAGCAAUUAAACUGUUCCAUGUCAGGUGUACUAGUUUGGAAAGGCAGGAAAAGAUUGAAAUGAUCUGAUUAUUGACUGUAAAUAUAUAGCCAAAUUGUGAUCUUGGUUGAAUAUACAGGGCCCUGCAAACACCUCAAAUUUGAAUGUAUUUUAUUUGGGAUUUUAUGUGUCAGACAAAUACAAAUUAGUGCUUAAUAGUAUAGUGGAAGAAAAAUGAUACAAGGCUUUCAAUUUGUUUUUCAUAAAUGGAAAUUUCUGAAAGGUUUGGUGUGCAUUUUGGGAAUGGGCAGUGGGUGCAGGAUAGGCACCUAGGUGCAUAAAGCUACCACCUGUUUGAAAUGAAUGACUUGGCUUGGGUAAUAGUGACAAAAAUGAUUAAUAUGAAUCCAGCCUUGAUUUUGUCUACAGUUUAACCAUUUGAAGUCUGCGGGUUUUAUUUGUAAGGGAGGGUUUUCCUGCACUCCUUCCCGAAAGACCUGGCAUUUAAGUAAUCUGGAUAAAUUUAUGGUGCGUGUUCUUCAUACUUGAAAGUCAGAUUUCCGAGUUCCCAGUCAGAAAAGCAACAAGAAUGCCCCACUUAAUUUGGAAUUCUGACCAAGAAAGUCAGAGUUCGCCAAUCUGCCAAUGUGACAGCAAUCUGCAUCAGUGUCUAUUUCCUCCCUCUGUCAACAGUUGGAAAAACCACAUAUUGUAGCAUUUACAACUGAGGCUUUGAGGGGAGCCUUUACCAGCUCUUGACAUUUGGAGACUGAGAUUUUUGCCCAUUUUUAUAUGCAAAAUAGCUCAAAUAAUACCUCCCCACAGAAUUAUGCUACCAUUAGCAGUAUUUAUUCUAAGAUUAAAUUACCUACAACCAGAUUUAAUAAUUUUGGGGCUUCUAAAGACAAUUGGUUGCAAUGGACUUUAUUGAGGGUUUCAAAGUAGGAGAUAAAUAAUAAUGCCCUUUACAUUUUUCAGCUUUAAGAUUGUAAACCACAUGCCAUUUUCCUUGAACUUUAUAAUUUUGCACUACUUUCUGUUGGUUUAUCAUAUAAAAUCCCAGUCAAACACAGUGAAGCUUGUAGCUGUAACAGCACAAAAUGUGGAAAAGUUUAAGCACCAUGAAUACUUUUGCAAGGCACUGUAGUUCUUGGGGUAAAACAUUCCUCUUCCAGCUUGGUUCCCUGGUUCUCUCAUUGGUUAUUAAAAAAAGCCUCAAUCUUCUCUGUACAUAAAACUGUAUAUUAUGAAACAAAGUAAGUGCAUGUUUAGUAUUUUUCUUUAAGAAAGGUUUCAACCAAAAUACACAGAUGAAAUGUGUUAAAAUAUUUGUCACAUGAAUUUUAUUAAUUUAAAAAAGGAUUAAAUCAUGUCUGUUUUUAUUCUUUUAUUCUUGCUUAUGAAAUGCUUAUGAUAUUUUUAAAGUCAUCCUUGUUGCAUUCCUACUCUCCAAAAGUGCUGUACAGACAGAUGAAUGACACAUUUUCAUUAUAGCUGCUCAAAAAGGGGCUUUCCCCUAUGUAUCUUAGUACUUGCAGUGUUUCUAGAGCUACUGUAUGUAGAGGGGUUACAAACAAAGUGGCCAUCUGAGAGACCAUUGCACUUGUGGCAUUUUCCCAACUCUGCGAUAAUCUCUUUGCAUGGAUGUUUGUGUGAAGCUCAAAGUGUUGUAUGUAAAAGUUGAAAGGAGAGCGCAGUGUGAAUGUUUACUCGGAAAUAUUUCAUCCUGAAGGGAUCUAUUUAGGUAAAGGGUGUAAAUAUGUUAAAGAAUCCACUGAGCAAUGAGAAAGGGACGUUUACGAAAAGGCGUUGGCAAAAUACUAAAACUGACUUUCUGCUUCUUAAUGUCAUUUUUUUUCCAAGGCCAUGAGCGGUUUUACCUCUGCUGUAUCUACUAAGAGGAACGAGAUUACUCCUCUUUCUGUGAGCAGUCACUGUUUGCAGACAGAAAGAUGGAUUUAAUCAACAAUUGUUUGUUUAUCAAUCAGUAACUUUAAUUUGAUGUUUCCCAACAAGGGAUUUCUGUUGAGGACAACAGGUAACGUACAUUUCUUCUAGAAUGUUUGGUCUCACACUAUGUGUAUGGCUUUAUCAAAUAAAAUAAAUUGUAUAUGAAACAUGAA